UUGUUCUUUCUCGAGAAACGGCAACUCUCCAAACCGUUCUUACAUUUCUCCGCUUUCUUUGAUAACAUUUUUGAACGGAGCAACAUGGGUGUGCUAUCACUUGGGCUCAUAUUAUUGUCCACGGCCGCAGUCGUUAUGGCGGAAGGGGAAGAAGGAGGAGCGCCACCCUUCAAUAUCCAUGUGGCUCUUGCGGGAGUUUAUAUUGCAGUGAUCGCUGGAGCAGUAGCAAUUACCUUGGCCUGGCAAGCUGCAGCUCGGAUGUCCGCAUAUCUUCGAAAGAUUUCGUGUCUGAACAAUCCCACCCAGCGCUAUUUCGUUUCCGCCAGUACAUUCCUUGGACCUCUGAAGGAGCAUUUAAUCUAUGCGCCGCUGUUUGGAACGAGACAUAAUCGAGAACUUCAGCUCAGCAAGAGCCUGACGCUUGGAACGGUCCCCAGUCGUCUGCAGACACUCAUUCUCUUCGGCGUCGUGGGAUUCAAUUUCCUGUUCGUUCUUGUGGAUCUUGACUUUUCGUCAAAGGAGCUAUGGGACGAUUUUAGGAGUCGGACGGGCGCCAUGGCAGUGGCCAAUCUUAUUCCCUUGGUCAUUUUCGCUGGUCGCAAUAAUCCUUUGAUUGCCAUACUUCAUGUCUCGUUCGAUACUUUUAACUUCCUUCAUCGGUGGAUUGCACGAUGCAUCGUGCUGGAGGCAAUUGCACAUGCCCUUGUCACUAUCGUUCCAGUAGGCCAGAAAGGUGGAACCCUAGCCAUCGGACAGCUCUUUCAAACCGACGCUUUCUGUCUGGUUGGGCUCGUGGCUGUCUGCGGUUUCAUGGGUCUGAACGUCCAUUCUUUCUCUCCUCUACGACAUGCCUUUUACGAGACGUUUCUUCAUACACACAUUGCCCUCGUACUCGUCACCUUCGGGUUUCUCUGGACGCAUCUCAACGAGUACACCGAACAGCGAUAUUUCCUACUACCUGCGAUCAUCGCCUGGGCCGCCGAGCGAACUGUACGCCUUAUUACCCUUUUCCGUCGCAAUAUCGGCAAUGGAGGAACCACAGUCGCUGUGGAAGCUCUCGCUGGAAACGCAAUGAGAGUCACCCUGUUCAUGGCCCGUCCAUGGACGUUCAAGCCCGGUCAACAUGUCUAUCUGUACCUACCUUCAGUCGGAUUCUGGACCUCUCACCCAUUCAGCGUUGCGUGGAGCGAGACACGGAGUAUGUCACUCGAUAAAGAGUCCAUGCUCACGUCCUUUGAUGAGCCCUCCAAAACCAUGUCUUUAGUUAUUAAGCGCCAAGGUGGGUUCACCGAUAAGCUAUAUAAGCGUGCAGCAGAAAGCGUUGGACGGCCAAUAUACCUCACUGGUUUCGUCGAGGGCCCUUAUGGAGGCAUCCAUGAGGCCAGUUCCUAUGGGACCGUCUUGUUAUUCGCCGGUGGAGUUGGUAUCACGCAUCCCUUCUCGUUUGUACGUGAGCUGGUGUCUGGUUAUGCCAAUGGCACUGCCGCUGCUCGAAAAGUCACGUUGGCAUGGGCGAUCCAGAGCCCUGACCAAGUCAGCUGGGUUUAUCCUUGGCUGAUGGAUCUCCUUGAGAUGGAACGAUGCGAGGAAGUGCUUCGAGUUAAGCUCUUCAUAACCCGUCCCGGCAACACAGAGGACAUGCACCGACUAGUUUCCGAAACCUCACACCCUUCCAGUCGCAUUGUCCUGCAGACAUUGAUCGGGCGUCCUGACCCUGAGAAACUCAUUGACGAAGAAAUCGAACAGCAGGUGGGUGCUAUGGGUGUCAUGGUGUGUGGAUCGGGUAGUCUGAGUGACGGCAUCCGACGAGCUUGUCGUAAAAGGCAGACUCGGACGCAUAUUGACUUUAUCGAGGAGAGCUUCUCGUGGUAAACUAUCCUACUUAGUCAUGGAGAGACUCAAUGACGCUCUUUUCUUUCACCGUACCUUAUUACCGACGAUGCAGGUUAUCUGCGGAAAUAGGAUGCGUGGAUUCUUCCUUCCUUCCUUCCUUCGAUCAUGACCUUUUUAGGAUAUAUAUGUAUAUAUCCUCCCAAUAUCACUCGUUAAUGUUGUUCUCCCCGAACAUAAUGAUCAUCAUAGAAGAGAUGUUUACUUAUAAAAAUACCAGUACAUUACGAGGAAUAGAAUGGUCUUACGCGUACAUGACAUCUGAAACGUCGUACAGUAUAUCUGUGACAAUCUACAGACACCUCGAACCGUCCCAUCAUCGACUAACUUGACCAGAAAUAUAACUAACUUGACCAGAAAAUAUACUCCCCAAGAAAAAGCAG